AUGAGGGUUGCUGAAGUGGAUGGUGCCUGGUUUGAUAGGGUUGCUGAAGUGGAUGGUGCCUUGUUUGAUAGGGUUGCUGAAGUGGAUGGUGCCUGGUUUGAUAGGGUUGCUGAAGUGGAUGGUGCCUGGUUUGAUAGGGUUGCUGAAGUGGAUGGUGCCUGGUUUGAUAGGGUUGCUGAUGUGGAUGGUGCCUGGUUUGAUAGGGUUGCUGAAGUGGAUGAUGCCUGUAUCCUGCUCUGUACCUCUACGGCUCUGAACAGUCUGUCGAUGGCCUGUGUAACCUUACCGCACAUCUCUUGUAGAUUCUCUACCAACUCGGCACAAGAUGAUGAGGAAGAGGGCGAACUUGUUCUUGUCUUGCGCUCAGGGCGGCUGUCUGCUCGGAUGGUUCAUCAGCUACUGAUCCUUCGUCUGGGGAAUCCAGGACGAGGGGUUCUUCAACUGACUGGAUCUCGUCCUGCAGAUUUCUCUCAGAUGACCCAAACUUACACACAGAUGGAAAAAUCUGAGCUUGUAAAGCCCAAACUGCAAGCUACAACAAAUCAGUUGUACAACCAAGGAGGAUCACGUCGUAUGUCAGAGAUAUUGGCAGAUAUUAACGGAGCGAAUGCCAUAAUGAACGAUAUCAUCAUAUAUAGGGGUACGGUGGAGGGGCAUGACGAGCGUCUGGACCGUAUCAAGGAAGUUGGUCUGAAACUCAAUAAGAAGAAAUGCGAGUUCAGGAAACAGAGUAUUGACUAUUUUGGACAAUUGAUUAGUUCAGACGACAUCAGUCCAUGUCCAGAACGUGUGCUUGAAUACGAAGAGGCCUUCAAAAGAGUGAAGGAUAUGUUAACAGAAACACCUUCAUUAGCCUUCUACAGUUCCUCAAAGCCAGUCGUGAUUAGUGCAGAUGCCAGCAGUUAUGGCCUAGUAGCUGCUAUAUUUCAGCAGUCUGAUGGUCGGCUUAAACCUAUUGCGUUUGCGUCAAGGACACUGUCAACGCUCGAAACCAAAUAUGCACAGAUCGAGAAGGAGUGUUUAGCAUCUGUAUGGUCUUUGAGAAGUUCAAGCACUACAUCAUUGGACUCGACUCAUUCAAGCUCAUCACUGAUCACAAACCUCUCGUUCCACUCAUUAACACUCAAGCUCUAG